AUGCCCUUCAUUCCCCCUCGGCUUGUCCGCUACGCGGCCGGUGCCACACCCCCAUCCUUGCCCUCGUCGUCGCCACCAUCUACUUACCAACAGGCCGUCCAGCCAUUCUCUCGUGAGGGCUUUCCCACAAAGGGGCCUGAGCCCAAUCCGCACCCAGAACGGCCGCUCCAGCCCACGCUGUCGCCCCGGUCAGCGCCGUCACUCCCCGUCCCUACUGAUCUGACGAGUGACGACGACCAAGUCCUAGACACCUUCUUUUCCAUCACCAUCCCUCGCAUAAAACAACCGCACAGCGACGAAGAGGUCACUAUCCCAACAGAAGGCGCGCGCAUCAAGGACGACCUUGAGGGUGCAACCGAACCAUCCAUCGUCGAGCGCACUGUCACCCAGGACGCCACUGAGAGAUCGUCCAAAGGGAAGAGCCUUCCCGCCGGCCACCUCUCUGGCAACACUCUCCCGGACCCAACAGUCGUCGAAGACGUCGCCCGAGAAUCCGACUGUGCCGAGGAGGCAGUUGUCGAGGAAGUCAUUUGCAAGCGCAUGACACCACCAGAGGAGGAGCUCGCCGUUCCCACGUACGGACCCGUUACCCAAGAAGUCGCUGGGUCCCAUUCCAUGGCGGAGGACCUUGUGACGACUCGCGGAGCAUUCGACAUCACGAGCCCGAGCAGCAGCAAGUCUCAGGUCGUCGACGACCCUUCCUCAUGGGCCAAUCCUCUCCCGACGCCUCUGUAUACUGUCAAGCCAACUCAUUUCCUUGUGCACAGAGUGGAGGGCCACCAACCAGAGCAGCGCUUAGAGACACUCCUACCGCCGUCCCAGACGUGCCCACCGGAAGACACGCCCCUCGUCUUUCUCCCACUCGCUCACGAGAUCCCCGCCUUUGAUGCUUCGCUUUCGGCGGCGUCGGUCUACAAGCCCACGACAAACUCAGAUCGCCGUCUCGCGCCACCAGUGAUACCUAAGAAUCUCCCGACACCCGAAGCCGAGUGCGCUACCUCCCAGCCCGUGACGUCUGACGCCCAACUCUCCGACGCAGUCCUGCAAAAGUUUAGCAAACUCGACGCCCAGGUCAAUCACCUUUACCAAUUCACCCGCCAACUGGCGACAGUCUCCCGUCCCGUCUUUGAGGCGGUCUCUUCUCAUGAGAUGACGUUGCAACACGUCCAGUCAUCCCUGUCCAAAAUCCGCAAGGGCAUGGAUGUGAUGUUCAACUCAGACUUGCCGGGGAGGGCACGUACACCGCCUAACCUAAUUCCCAGUCCGCACGAUCUCUACUCUCGUUUCCCGUCUUUGAACGACCGUGUCUUCGACGGCACGCUCCCAGCCGAUGACCUUGGUGUCUACAUCGCGAAACCCUCCAAUCGCUCCGUGGAGCUGCGGCCGGCUGGCUUUUGCAGCGGCUUGAAAGCAGCUCACGGUACCACCAGCGGAAGCCCGACGAAAGGAAUCGACCACCCGACGACUGCGCAACGGCAGGCUGAGGCCGUCCUGGACCAGGAGGAUGAAGAAGAGGUGCCAGUGGGCCUGACGAGACUUCUCUCUCCGCCGCUCUCCUGCAAUGCCUCUCUCCUGGCCACAAGGACGGCCAGAGCGGCAGUCGAUGUUAAACGUGAGCCUGAGUCUGGACGUAUCAACAAGGCUCCCGACGUCGCGACGAGCUCUGCAGAGGGGAAUGCCCUCAACUUCGUGUCGGCUGCCAACUUCAGCAAUGUCGAAACUUCUUCUCUCAGCAAACACAGCUAUGCCACGAAGGGGCCGCUUGCGUUGCGCCUGGCCGACACCAGCAACCAGCCAACUGCUAGUGUCGCCGAGAAUCCUCUCGAGUCCGAGACUGACCAUUUUGACCUCGAACUGUCUGAUGACGCCCUCGUCGGCCUCAUGGCCUUUGGCCAGUCGUUACCUGUGCAAUCCCCAAACCUCCUGUUAACCUCGAAUCUUGCAGAGCCAGCCGACCCAAACCUGUUCCUCACCUUCAAGCCGACAUCAUUCGCUCCACCCGUCCGAUCGAACCAACGUAAGAUCAAGAUGCUUCUCUCCUCGAACAAACAAUCUUCAUCCACCAAGCCGUCCCCCUCACCUAUUCCAUCGUCAGCCAAGUCCUACACUGUAUCGACAACGAGGCGCAACGGCGGUAUCUCCGGUGCUUCGAGCGAGACUUCGAGCUCCAAGUCCCAGUCAGAGCCACCCUCCAGCCUCCAACAGAGCUCUCCCGCCACAGAAACAACAGCCAAGUCGUCACUCUUGAAGAUGUGCCGGAAUCCAUACGCUGUGGCGGUGAGGGAGGAGCCUCCCCGUAAGCGGCGGCGAACUGAGCGCCGACACGGGAUCCCUGGGCGACUCGAAAGAUUGCUCGUUAUGAGCAACGGGCGCCGCAUCAUCAAAGAGAGCGUAUGGCCCAAGUUCCCUAAGGGCUGGAAUACCUGGCGGAUGCUCAAGCAGGAGGUACAGUGUGAUGGGUGCAACGGGCGCCUUCACUACCCUUGCGCUGGGUUGACACUCGACGUGCUCUUGGUCGAGUCACCAUUCUACUGCCCCGACUGUCAAUACUUAAUCGCCGCCGAUCGCGAGGACGAGAUCCUUCCGGGCCCUGCGGACCGAUGUGUGCGCCACGACUGCUGCCGGAGGCGCAAGCAGAAGAUGGAGGUUGACGAGAUGGACGACGAGGAGUACUUCAUCAAGCGGGUGAUUGGCCGCCGUGCCAUCGGGCGUUUGGACCCGAACGACCGGAAUUCUGGCCGUGUCUUCGAGUAUCUCGUCGAGUGGGAGGGGUAUGAUAUGGAGGACAGCACCUGGGAACCUGCGGGCCACAUUCACCAGGAUAAGGACGGCAAUCGGCCGUAUGUCGACAGCUUCCUGAGCGAGGCCAAGAGGGCCGAGGUAAAGCUUCGCCUGCGAGUUGCAAUGCUGCCCGAGUCCCAGAUCCUGGCGGUGUGGGAUCCCCUGAGCGGCGAGAAGCGCAACAAGAAGGGAAAGGCCAAAGCGACGAACAGAGAGUCCGGGGAGGAGGAUGACAGUUAUUAG